AUGUUUAAUGUUUCUAAACAAUUGGGAUUACGCGUUGACCAGAAAAAGGAAAAACUGUGAAUAAUACUUACAAUGCUGCCAUUUGUUUAAUUCAAAAGCUAAAGGAGGAGACGGCAAAGACGGGAAGCACACAAGAGCGAGAGUCAAGAGCUUCUUCUUUUUUAUUUUAAGGGGCAACAGAGUGGCAAAUACUAAGCAUGUUGCAGAAUCCUUCCAAAUAUCACGCAAAUCCUUUGUCACACUUUCUGGCAUUGCAUAACACACAGGCUCAAGCAGCGGCUGCAGCAGCAGCAGCCGCAGCCGCCGCGGCGGCAGCAACAACAAACCAUCAUGGUGGCGGUCAACCGCUUCAUGCAUUGCCCACAGCUGCUUUGGCUGCUGCUUUGACAGCAGGUCAGAGUCAGAGUUCAUACCAAAUGGAGCAGCAGCAGCAGCAGCAUCAGCAGCAGCAACUGAAUCACCCACCGACAACAACGUCUACAACAUCGCACCCACCACCAACAGCAACACAAGCACCCGCUACAGCAACAGCUCCAAUGGUCCAUGGGCAGGUUCAGGCGCAGUCGCAUGCGCAGCUUUUCGAGGCAGCAGCAGCGCAUUCCUCCCUGGAUGUGGGCAAGUCCUUUACAAUAGCCGCCAUUUUGGGUUUACAGAAUAGCCAGCGAAAGGACUAUAAUAAUGCCAUCAAUUUGUCCCUCAAUGGUCACAAUCGCAAUGCUGCCGAUGCCGAGGACACCAUCAACAACAAUAACAACAACAACAACAACAGUCAAAGUGUAAAUAACUUUAAUUGUGAUAGCAGCAGUCAACAUCGCUACCAUCCACCCCAUUCUCAAGGAUUCGCAAAUGCCUCUGUAUCGGUGGUGGGACCCUCCGCCUUGCAGAGCCUCCAGCAAUUGCAUCAGCAUCAUGCCCAGCAACAGGCUUCACUUAAUUUCCAGCGAGAGAAACUUAAAUCGGAUUCCCAUAAGAAAAGUUCUCUUAAGAACAAACGGGUACGCACAAUUUUCACGCCGGAACAAUUAGAAUGCCUAGAGGCGGAAUUCGAGCGACAACAAUACAUGGUCGGUCCCGAGCGCCUUUACCUAGCCCACACUCUAAAAUUAACGGAAGCCCAGGUGAAAGUCUGGUUUCAAAACAGACGCAUCAAAUGGCGGAAACAUCACCUGGAAUUGACGCAACAACGUUUGGCCUUGAUUAGGCAAACCCAAUUGCCCGGAACAGCUGCAGGGACAACUGGAAUCGCAUCGGCUACCACAGCUAAUUCGGCGGCGUCGACCGAUUUAACGGCUGGUUCGCCCAGUGGGGGAGAGGACGAUAACGAGGAUAAUGACAGUAAGCAAUCGUUUUCUCUGCCGCCUCUGGGUGCUCUUAGUCGUGGUCCACCUGCCUCACCCAGCGAAUCCGAUUUGUCUAUAUGCAAUGACUCAUUGGAUGGCGGGGACAGUCUAAUGGAUGGUGGCAGUGAGGAGGCUUAAAAUUUGUAAACACAAUUUUUGUAUA